GGCUCUGCCGGGGAGGCAGGACCACCCACAGGACCCCAAGCCGGACUGAUCAGGGCCUGAAGCACAGCUCAACUCUUGACAUCUCUGAGGAGACCCCCCAGCUCGCUGCCCUCUGGGACCCGGGUGAGCUCCUCCGGAAGCUGUCCCUCCGAAAGUGUGCCAGUCUCCAAGGUUGCCUGCUUGGGGCGACGGAAGGCGCGAACUCCUCGUUUGUUUUAAAAUGACUUUCAUUCCCAAAGGAAGUCGUAUUGUCUAAACAUCUCCACUUCCAAUGGUCUGGGGAAGAAAUUUUCUAUAGACUCUGCCAGCCUCUGUUGGGCAGUCCCACAGCCCAGGAGGAAGCAGGCGCCUGCCAGUCAAUCUCUGACUGCCUCUUUGGGCAACAGCAUCGGGUAACAGGAAGUCCCUGGUCAUCCUCUGAGCAGAGCCCAGCAAGUUUGGCUGUGAAGAUGGAACUGGGUGGGAGCUCCUCAACUCCUCAAGAAGCCGUUGCCCCUCUUGGGGUACUAGGUGCUGGGCCCAAAAGCUCCCCACUGGGGAAGCUUAAAGUACUUCCCAUUGGGCCAGGUGCCCACCAAGGGGCUCCUGGCAGCCCAGCUUCAGCAGGGGACAGCUACUUGGGGGAGCCAAGUGGUGCCAUGAAGAUCCCCAACAGGGACAGUGGGAUUGACAGUCCAUCCUCCAGCGUGGCCAGUGAGAACUUCCCCUGUGAAGAGGGUAGUGAGGGCUCCCCAGGCCCAGCCAUAUUGAGGCUACACCCUGAGACAGCUGUGGACAGCCAAGUCCCACAAGAUACCACCGCGCAGGAGGAGAAAGAUAGUGGCGUGGGUGAGGACCCUGACCCUAAGAUCACCCCUUCCAGGCCAGAGGAGAAUGUCGGCUUGACUCAGUGCUCUGACCCACAGAAGCUGCUGCACAUUGCCCAGGAGCUCCUGCACACAGAGGAAGCCUAUGUGAGGCGGCUGCACUUGCUGGACCAGGUUUUCUGCACCAAGCUGACAGAAGCAGGGAUCCCUCCAGAAGUGACCACUGGCAUUUUUUCCAACAUCUCCUCCAUCUACCGCUUCCAUGGGCAGUUCCUCCUGCCUGAGUUGCAGAAGAGGAUCACGGAGGAAUGGGACACAAACCCUCGGCUCGGAGACAUCCUGCAGAAACUGGCUCCGUUCCUGAAGAUGUAUGGCGAGUAUGUCAAGAACUUUGACAGGGCAAUGGGGCUGGUGAGCACAUGGACCCAGCGUUCUCCGCAGUUUAGUGAAGUCGUCCACAGCAUCCAGAAGCAGGAGGUGUGUGGGAACUUGACAUUGCAGCAUCACAUGCUGGAGCCUGUGCAGAGAAUCCCCCGCUACGAGCUGCUGCUCAAAGACUACCUAAAGAGGCUCCCCAGGGAUGCCCCGGACCGGAAGGAUGCUGAGAGGUCGCUGGAGCUCAUCUCCACAGCUGCUGACCACUCCAACGCUGCCAUCAGGAAGAUGGAGAAAAUGCACAAGCUCCUGGAGGUGUACGAGCAGCUGGGUGGGGAAGAGGACAUCGUCAACCCAGCCAAUGAGCUGAUCAAGGAGGGCAACAUCCAGAAACUGUCGGCCAAGAACGGCACCGCUCAGGACCGACACCUCUUCUUGUUCAACAAUGUGAUGCUCUACUGUGUACCCAAACUAAGGCUCAUGGGCCAGAAGUUCAGUGUACGGGAGAAAAUGGACAUCUCUGAUCUCCAGGUGCAAGAUAUUGCAAAACCAAACGCAGCACGCACAUUCAUCAUAACAGGAAGAAAAAGGUCCCUGGAGCUUCAGACUCGGACAGAAGAAGAGAAGAAAGAAUGGAUUCAGGUUAUUCAGGCCACCGUGGAGAAGCAUAAACAGAAGAGCGAGACCUUCAGGGCCUUCAGCAGUGCCUGUAGCCAGGAUGAAGAGCCCGGCCUGUCUCCAGACCAGCCUAUCACGAGUGCCAGCUCCGUGGAAACUACAGGGGUAGCUGACAGUAAUGGGGGUCCUGCUGGGAUCGAGUCCAGAAAGUUGUCCUCUAAAACAAGACGUGACAAAGAGAAGCCUGGAUGUAAGAGCUGUGGUGAGACCUUCAACUCUAUCACCAAGCGGAGGCAUCGCUGCAAGCUGUGUGGAGAGGUCAUCUGUCGAAAGUGCUCAGAGUUCAAGGCUGAGAACAGUAAGCAGAACCGUGUCUGCCGAGAGUGUUUCCUGGAAGAGCCCUUGGUCCCUGCAAACCUUAGUUCUGAGACUCCCACUGAGCUCAAAGAGAGUGCAGAGAAGCCUCCAUCUGUGCAUCCUCGGCUCUGCAGCACCCUGCGUCUGUCUGACAAUGGUACAGCCUGGAGUGACGUGUGGGCAGACAUCCGUGAGUCAGAUCCCCAGGUGCUGGACCUGCUGGAAGGCAGCCAGGCUGGCAGACUGUUGCAUUCCAUCUCUCUCUCUGGCUGUACUAUAACGGUGCCUGACCCUGAGGAGGGGCUGGAGACAGGAUGUGUGUGGAAGCUACAUCAGGGCCCACGGACCUGGUGGCUGAGCGCCCCCUCCGCAAAGCUGCAGCAGAGUUGGCUGGAAGCUCUGGGCACUGCUGUCUGUGGGGACACAACUGGGGACAGACCUGGUGCCGCGCAGCCCCAAGCCUCAGCAAGCACUGACACUCCAUGAGCAGAGCCUCCUGCUGGCGUUUCCACUAUUCUGUUAGCCUGUGUUCUUUUUGAGUGACCGUAGAUGUCACAUGAAGCAAUUAAGAACUCCUGGGACCACCGAGGAUGGACUGAUGGCCCAGAGAAGUGUAGCAGUGGGCCCAAGAUCACUCAACAGGUCUUAGACAAGAGUUGGGCUUCUGGCUCCCAUCCCAGCAUUGUGGUCAGAGCAGGGGAGAACAGCCACUACCAACUAUCAAAUGUCAUCUGAGUGGACUGGAUGAUAAUACCAGCCCUCAAAAGGCACAAGGAGAUCGGGUGGGCACUGCCCAGGGGUGAGCAUGUCUAACCUGGUGUGAUGUCACUCUGGGAAAGGCAGAGAUGUCUGUAACCUGGCCUGACUUUUGUCCAUCUAUCCGCUGUGAGAGCUGGAUCAUGACCUGGGCUCCGCUCCUCUGGGCUCCACUUCCACACCCCAUCCUCUCCUGAAGCAUUGCUCAUCUACCGUUUCUGCCAAGCCCUUGAAGGGGAAGGAGCAAGGGCCUUCUCAUCCUACCAUUCCCAAACAGCCACACUCAGAGACUGUGGGGAGGCAGGCCCUCACCCCUGUGUGGCAGGUUUAUGGGAUUUCAGACUGGUCUCUCUGUGGGCAGGUGCCAUGCUUGUCAGUAUAAAUAAAUGCUGGCUGUCAGCCUAGGGACCUUCAAAUCCACUCUUAGCAGAAUUCCCCUCAAGGAAGGUGACUGGCAGAGGGAUGAUGGGUGCAGGAGACAAAAUGGCAUGGACCACACACUUGUCUGGGAGAGUGGUUCUGUAUCCCAGAUGCUGUAGGGAGUGGGUGAGCAGCUAAGCCAUACGUCAGGAUGGGGGUGCUGCCAGUCAAGAUGCGGGGAUGUGACAAAGGUCGUGGGACUCAGGGUGUUGCCUCUGGAGGAACAGGAAAUUCAGAGAUCAAUGACGGGGUUUUUGGUCCUUCAGGUUUCCAGCUCUCUAGUAUCAGCACAGCCCUGUGCGGAGACAACUGGGCAGGCAAAAGGGCAACCACCUGGUGGGUGAGGGGAUAAUGGGUGCUGGUUCUAGGUAGCAUUGGGAAGCACAGAUGAGGUGGGGCCUCAAGUGAGAUGGGGCCCCAGGUAAGGUAGGAUAGGGUAAAAGUAAAGCAGGCUGGAGCAGAAGUGAGGUGGAAGGGGCAGAUGGAAGACGUAAGGGGCAGAGACGAGGUGGGCAGAAUACAGGGGUGCAGGCGAGGGUCAGAACCCAGCUGAGUCUAUGCAAGAGCCAGCUGGGCUGGGCAUGGGCUGCCUGAGGAUUGCUGCAAGCAGCCUUGGACUCGCCAUGCUGAGCUGAAACAGCAAAGCAGACAGAACACUUCCACACUGGGAGGAAUGAGGCUACUCAAGGCAGUGAAGUCCUUUGUCACCCAGUUCUGGAUGGGGCAGUGGUGAAGGUGGCCCAGGCAGAACAACAAAGGAAGGAGGCACCUUC